AUGGGGCCCCCAGCUGAGGAGGCCCCUGGGCAGCAGCAGCAGCAGCAACAGCAGCAACAGCAGCAGCAGCAAAAGAAGAGGGCUGUGCAUGCAGCCCCGUCAGUGUGCAUGCACCUGCCUAUACACCUGGGGCCCCACGGUGUACACGCAGCAAAGAACACAGAGACACAAAGUGAGGCCUCCAAGCAAAGAGAGAAGAAACCCCACAGGCUGCUCCUAAGGCGCCAGCAGCAGCAGCAGCAGCAGCAGCAGCAGAAGCCUGUGCUGCAGCAGCAGCAGCAGCAGCAGCAGCAGGGGGAGAGGAAGCGGCACAUCACCUCAAAGAGAGCAGCAGCAGAAGCAGCAACGCGUCGUCGUUGUUGUUUUUCUCUGUCUCCUUCUUCAUUGAGGAGGCCCAAAGACAGGGGGGUGCCCUCAAACCCUACCGAAAAAAAAGCAGAAAAUGCAAAGUCUGCCCACUCAAAGAAAAGAUACAGAGAACUGGAGUUAGAGGUGAAGCCCCUCAAAACAUCAAUAGAUGGUCCUGAGGCAUUUCACGAUGUUGCUUUUGCUGCUGCUGCUGCUGCUGCUGCUGUCGUUGCUGCUGCUGCUGCUGCCAUUGCUGCUGCUGCUGUUGCUGCUGCUGCUGCUGCAGGGGGGAGACGGCGCCUCUGCAGCAGCUUCACCCAGAAGCCAGCAGCAGGUAGGACGGGGGAGCGACAAGGAGACAAAAAGCAGCACUUCAAAGGGACUGCGAAAAGGCUCCGAGGCAAAGGCAUGCAAAUGCUCUCCACUAGGGCGGAGUCAUCAGGGCCCUUGGGGGCCCCUGCUGUACCCUCCUCUGGCGGCCUGCAUGCAGGGGGGCUGCCUGAAGGUUCUGAGGGGGGGCCCCAGGGGCCCCCAUCGCCUGAGGGGCCCCAGGGGCCCCAGGGGGCCCCCACGGCGAAGCCUUUAGACCCUCUAUCAGCAGCAGCUGGGAGCAGCAGAGAGACAGAGUUUGCUGCGUUGCAUGCAAAAGGAGAAGGAGACAGCGCACAGAAGCAAGUGUCUCUUCUUGCAGAAGAUUUAAAUGAGGAGACAGGAGAGAUAAUUGAGGGGGCCCCGGUAAGGGGGCCCCCACAGGGUACUGGAAGGGGGCCCCUAGAGCCUCAGGGGGCCCCCACAAGCUCCUCUAAGGGGAUAGGGGGGCCCCCUGAACAGAUGCAGCAGCAAAUGAAAGCAAAAAAGGAGACACUGCAGCAGCAAACGCAUGAGGAAAAGAAAGGAGGGACAUCAACAGCAGCAGCAGCAGCAGCAGCAGCAACGGCAACAGCAGCAGGUACUAGGGCACAGGGGGCCCCCUUGCAGCAGAGCCUCAAAACCCUGCUUUACCCCGUAGCAGACAGGGCACCGCAACAGCAGCAGACGCAGCACAAGCAGCAACAACAGCAGCAAGAACAAGGAAGACAACAGCAAAUGCAGCAACAGCAGCAGCACCUGCUGCAGCAACAACGCCAGCAGCACCAAGGCCCACCUCCUCAGCAGAAAGAGCUUCAACUGCAGCAUGUGCAGCAGCUGCAGCUACACCAUGUGCAGCAGCUACAGCUGCAGCAGCAGCAGCUGCAGCAGCUGCAGCUACAGAUCGAGCAGCAGCAGCAACAGCAGCAGAUACAGCUGCACUUGCAGCAGCAGCUGCAGCAAGAGACGUUGCAACAGCAGCAGCAGCAGCAGCAAAAGGAGUUGCAGCAGCAACAGCAGGUGCAGCAACAACUCGCCUUUCUGCACCUAGAGAAGCAAAUGCUGCGGGACAAAGAGCAGCUGCUGCUGUCUCUGCAGCAUCAGCAGCAGCAGCAGCAACAGCUGCAGCAGCUGCAGCAGCUGCUGCUCCUCCAGACAACCUCACAAGGGGGCCCCCUCUUUACGGGGCCCGUUCUCGCUUCUCUAGACCCCUCUAGGGGCCCCCCUCCUGCAUAUCGGGCAUGCAAUCGCGUCAUGCCGGCUGCUGCAUGCGGGAGGGGGGGCCCCCUGCCUCCAUAUGAGGGUACAGUUGGAGUGGGGGGCCCCCUUGGGGCCCCUGAGAUGGCUGCUGGUGCGAUGCUGCAGCAAAACGAAGAAAGAAGGGGGCCCCUACAGAGGGGCCCCCCUUCAGCUUCUUUAGGGGGCCCCCUGGGGGGCCCCCCAUACAAAGAGAGACUGUCUCCAACUCAGAAAGUAGGAAGAAGCAAACGAAGGGCCCCUGUCUCCUCGCUGCAGCGUGGGGGCCCCUGUCUCUCCCCUCAUGCAAAGCCAAGGGGGGCCCCCAAGAGACAGCUAAGCAGCAGAAGCAGCACAAGGGGGGCCCUCAGGGGGCCCCCCCAGCAUACUACUACACCUCCAGGGGGGCCCCUUCUAGGGGACUGCUGCAAGCCGAAGGCUUGGGGACGGCAGCACCUAAGGGGGGCCCCCCGCAAACAUAGAGACAGCGAGCAAACAUUAAAAAGCAGCAACCUACAUAUCAUUCUAAGACCAGACAGGGGGGCCCCCUAUCAUACCUUGGGGGCCCCCCCUCAUACCUUGGGGGGCCCCCCCCCUUCUUCUAUGAUUGUUUCAAUGGAUGUGCGUGUGGGGCUCCGUCAGCUCAAUAAGCAGGGCCGUAGCCUUAUAUACACUACCUGGCAAAGGGUAAACCUGGGGGCCCCUAAAGAGGCCCCUCAGGGGGCCCCCCUGGAGGGGGGCCCCCCUACGGAGGGGGCCCUUAGUGAGGGGGCCCCCAGGGGGGCCCCACAGCAAGCAAGUCCGGGGGAAGGAGACGAACCCCCCUCUAUAUCCUUAGAGGUUGAUGGGGGCCCCCAGGGGGCCCCCCAAAGGUUUAGGGGUACUGAAAGGGUUCAGCGAGCUUCUGCAUACACUACUGCUGCAUUGAGCGAAGGGGGCCCCUGGCGGAGGGUUGGAGGGGGGGCCCCCAGGGGGCCCCCCAAUGUACUGGAUUGGGGGGGGCCCCCAGAUGCUGAUGUUGUGGUGCAGCUGCCUCUCUGGGGGCCCCUAAAUAUAGGGAAGCUGCAGUUCUUCCGAGUAGCGCAGCAGAGGCUACAAACGAUCUGCGGGAGUCAACAAAUCCCCUCACACCACCGACGUGCAGCAGCAGCAGCAGCGCAGCAGCAGCAGCAUCAGCAACAGCAACAGCAGCAGGAGCAGCUUGGGGGAGAGAGAGGGUGUUUAGCUUUAUCAGGGAGGGAAGCCCUUGAAGACAUGGCUGGGGUAACACCAAACAGACAAAAAGGAGACAGUCUCCACGAACUUCUUUUAGAUUCAUCUUUAGCAGAGGCAGCAGUAAGACAAAAAGAUAAAGAAGGUGAAGAGGGCCCCUCUGAGGCAUUCUCUCUCGAGAGCUUUGGCAGCAUGUAUGGGCCCCCACCUCUCUUAUGCCCCUUUUAA